AUGUACUUCUUCCUGCUCAACCUCUCUGUCAUUGACCUGGGCUCCAUCUCCACCAUUGUCCCCAAAUCCAUGGCCAACUCCCUCUGGGACAGCAGGGCCAUCUCAUACUCAGGAUGUGCUGCACAGAUCUUUUGUUUUUUGUUCUCUAUAACAGCAGAAUAUUCUCUUCUGACCAUCAUGUCGUACGACCGCUACGUUGCCAUCUGCAAACCCCUGCACUACGGGACCCUCCUGGGCAGCAGAGCUUGUGUCCACAUGGCAGCAGCUGCCUGGGCCACUGGGUUUCUCACUGCUCUGCUGCACACGGCCAAUACAUUUUCACUGCCCCUGUGCAAGGGCAAUGCCCUGGGCCACUUCUUCUGUGAAAUCCCCCAGAUCCUCAAGCUCUCCUGCUCACACUCCUACCUCAGGGAACUUGGGCUUCUUGCUUUCAUUGGUUUUCUGGUUUUGGGAUGUUUUGUGUUCAUUGUGGUGUCCUAUGUGCAGAUCUUCAGGGCCGUGCUGAGGAUCCCCUCUGAGCAGGGACGGCACAAAGCCUUUUCCACCUGCCUCCCUCAUCUGGCCGUGGUCUCUCUGUUCUUCAGCACUGCCAUGUUUGCCUACCUGAAGCCCCCCUCUGUCUCCUCCCCCAUCCUGGAUCUGGUGGUGUCUGUUGUGUACUCUUUGGUGCCUCCAGCAGUGAACCCCCUCAUCUACAGCAUGAGGAACCAGGAGCUCAAGGAUGCCCUGAGGAAACUACUUCAAUACUCACUACUUCAGGUUAAUAAGUUUCAUGGUAUCUCACUAGGGCUGCAAUAGAAAUAGCCAGGACUAACUUUUCUUCUUAUGUGUCUCUGUUUUUCCAUAGUGCUUUUGCUGGGCUUUGUAUUUUGGUUUGUGUCUGUAAUAACAUAAUUCUUGGCCUCCUGCGUGUCUUGUCUUGUAUCAAAGACCUCUUGUACAUAUAUAUAUGCACUCCUUGGUUUUUG